UGUGAAAAUGUUAAUAAAAAACCUGGAUUUUAAUUUCUUAAAAAUAAUUUUCUCCAGAUGUGUUCCUUCCCGUGUCACGCAUUUUUGAAGUCUAGACGUUAAAUUGUAAUAAACAGCUCGUAUUAUUUCCUCUGAAUUCGCAAUUUGAAGGCCUUCAGAGUGCGUAGUGGUAUUUCGUACACCUUGGACUUUAGAUAUCCCUACAAAAAAAUCGAGGGGAGUCAGAUUAGGACUUCUUGGGGGCCAACGUAUGUCAGCCCACUUCUGUCGGUGGCACCAUCUUGCUGAAACCAGUUGACGAUGUCGAAAGCAUCCAGUGAAGACGAUCUAAAUUUUGAUCUAGCGGAAAGAGCAACUGAACUUUUAAAUAACGCUAAAGGUGACAAACAAACCAGAUUUCAAGUGAAUAGGGUCAAAAACGAAGACGAUGCAGUUGAACUGCGAAUCAAAGUUCAUCGUCAUGAUAGUGAAGAUGAUGAUUAUAUUUCUGCUAACGAUAGAACCAGGUUGAACAGUGAUUAUGUUAAAAGUUUCAGGCAUUUAACACGUGAAGCUCUACCUAGAUUGGAUAAUUACAGAAAUGUAAUGUCUUUCCAGGCGGCAAAUAGGCCAACAUUGGAUGAACUACACAAUGCAACUCUUUCUAAUAAGACUCAACGACAUUCCUCUUUAGCCAAUGGCAAAUUAAUAGAAUCAAAAGGACAAUUUAAAUUCGGAUGGAUUCAGGGAGUUUUAAUAAGAUGUUUAUUAAAUAUAUGGGGUGUUAUGUUAUUUCUUCGCCUUACAUGGGUGGUAGGACAAUCUGGAAUCGGACAGUCUAUAGUAUUAAUUUUAACAACAUCAGUAGUUACUUCUAUAACAGCUUUAUCCAUGUCAGCAAUUAGUACAAAUGGCGUAAUUAAAGGAGGAGGAACAUACUACAUGAUCUCGAGAAGCCUUGGUCCGGAAUUUGGCGGGUCCAUCGGCCUAAUUUUCUCUCUAGCAAACGCAUUAGCGUGCGCUAUGUACGUGGUCGGCUUUUGCGAAUCUUUACAGGAUCUUCUACAAGUAUACCAUUUGAAAAUUGUAGAUGAUGGUAUUCAAGAUGUAAGGAUAAUGGGCUGUAUAACAAUAGUGGUUAUAACCGGCAUUGUGGUUUUUGGUAUGGAAUGGGAAGCUAAGGCCCAAUUUGUACUGUUGGUAAUACUUUUGGUGGCUAUAGUAGAUUAUUUCAUUGGAAGUUUCAUCGGGCCAAGGUCUGAAGAAAUUAAAGCCAAAGGGUUCGUGGGAUAUAACGCGACACUGGCUAGAAUUAACCUUUCCCCGGACUACAGGUUAUCGGAAGGAAUCAAUCAUAAUUUUUUUAGCGUUUUCGCUAUAUUUUUUCCAGCAGCCACUGGAAUCUUAGCUGGAGCCAAUAUUUCUGGAGAUCUAAAGGAUCCUCAAACAGCCAUUCCCAAAGGAACUUUACUCUCUAUAUUAAUAACAACUAUAACAUACAUUUUAAUGGCGAUUGUAGCAGGAUGUACUGUUUUGAGAGAUGCUACUGGCAAUCCAUUUGAUUAUAUUAACGGUAGUUGGCCUAUUUGUCCACCAGGCCAUUGUCGAUUUGGACUUCAUAACGACUUUCAGGCAGUAGAAUUGGUGUCUUGGGUCGGAACAAUUAUCUAUGCAGGAUGUUUUGCAGCAACAUUAUCAUCAGCAUUAGCUUCCUUGGUAUCUGCACCAAAAGUGUUUCAAGCACUUUGUAAAGAUAAGCUAUAUCCAGGAAUAGUAUGGUUCGCAAAAGGUUAUGGAAACAAUAAUGAGCCUAUUAGGGGUUAUGUUUUAACUUUCGUUAUUGCCGUGGGAUUUAUUCUAAUAGGUGAAUUAAAUCUAAUAGCACCCCUGAUAUCAAACUUAUUUCUGGCAGCGUAUACUUUAAUAAAUUUUUCGACUUUCCACGCAUCUUUGGUGAAACCGGUGGGCUGGAGGCCGACAUUUAAGUACUACAAUAUGUGGUUAAGUCUUCUGGGUUCGAUACUAUGCUUGAUGGUGAUGUUUCUUAUAUCAUGGAUUACGGCUCUUGUUACGUUCGCAGCUGUCCUCACGUUAUAUUUGGUCGUCUCCUAUAGAAAACCAAAUGUGAAUUGGGGCUCUAGUACCCAAGCGCAAAUUUACAAAAACGCUCUACAAGCCGUAUACCAAUUGAAUUCAGUUGAAGAACAUGUAAAAAAUUACAGGCCACAAAUUUUAUGCCUAUCUGGAAUGCCAAGUGCGAGACCAGCUCUCGUUGAUUUCGCCCAUUUACUAACCAAGAACCUAUCAUUAUUAGUUUGUGGACAUAUUAAUAGGAGUACUCUUUCCCAAAGAGUAAGAAACGUCUUGCACUACAAAGCCACCAGUUGGUUAAAAGCCCACAAGCUUAAAGGUUUCUACAUGCAAAUCGAUGGAAUGUCUUUCGAGGAAGGUUGUAAAGCUUUAUCCAAAGCCUGCGGAAUAGGAAAGUUAAAGCCGAACAUUCUUCUAAUGGGUUUCAAGAAUGACUGGCAGACAUGUCCGAGAGAAGAUUUGGAGCAAUACUUUGAGGUCGUACAUAAUGCUUUCGACUUGCAUAUGGGUUGUGGUAUUAUUAGGAUACAACAAGGGUUCGAUUCUAGCCUCUUGUUCGAUGAGGAGACCAAAAGCACAACCAAUUUGCAGAGAAAUAGAUCAUACAGUCAAAUGUCCCAAGCCAGUAGCGGUAGUGACAGAUCAGUCCAAACCAAUAAAGAUGUGAUUAGUGAAAUGCCAAACCCCGAUGAAUCAACUAAAAAGGCAAAAUCUCUUGGUGACUCAGCAGAGGAUACUAUCUGUGAAGAACAAAUUGAUAUUAAGGGUGAAAUAUUACCAUCCGAUAUAUUUUUCUUCCAGAAGAAAAUAAGGAAAGAAGGAACUAUUGACGUGUGGUGGUUAUAUGACGAUGGAGGUUUAACUCUUCUAUUACCGUAUAUAAUAAGCACCCGUAAGAAUUGGAGCAGUUGCAAAUUGAGAGUGUUUGCUUUGGCAAACAAACAGGACCAACUAGAACUCGAGCAUCGCAACAUGGCUAGUCUUUUGGCGAAGUUCAGAAUUGACUAUAAAGAUUUGCAAAUCAUGCCGAAUAUAACUGCCAAGCCUCAAGAGAAUACGAAAAAUUUCUUUGAAUUACUCAUAUCCGAUUUUCGAACUGGUGAGAGUUCAUCGGACAAUAUUACUCCAUUAGGUUACAUCUCUGACGCUGAACUUCUAGCUGUUAAGGAUAAAACAAAUAGGCAUCUAAGGUUAAGGGAAUUGCUUAUCGAGCAUUCUCAUUCGGCAAAUAUGGUAGUGGUUACUUUACCAAUUCCUCGAAAAAGCAUUAUAUCUGCUCCAUUGUAUUUGGCAUGGUUGGAAGUACUGACGAAGGACAUGCCUCCCAUUUUAUUGGUCAGGGGAAACCAAACAUCAGUGCUGACUUUUUAUUCUUAAAUAUUUACAAACGACCAAUUUACAAGAUUUUAGAAUACACUAUACACAUUUGUACCUUUUUAUAUUAUACUUUCAUUUUAUACAAAUUAGAAUUUUUUACACAUUAUAAACUGAACAUAUUUUUUAUGCUUCAUUACUUAUUAAAUUAUUUUUUACUUAAAUUAUUGUAAAAAAUAUAACGCCUUGAUUGGUGCAUACUUUUUCAGUUUGAUCAUUAAAAAUUUAUAUAUAAAUUCAUAUUUAUAUAAUAUUAAAAAAAAAUAAGGCUAUGUUAGAUCUCAGGAAAUACUUUAACAUAAAAAAUAGUUUCUAAUAUUUUUUUUUAGAAAAAUGAUAUAAAUAGGGGCCUACUAAUUUUAAAAUAAAAAGUAUUCUCAAUUGUUUUUUGUCAAUUUAUUAUUAAUUUUAAUUAAAAAGGGUAUUUGCUUUUAGGAAGCCAAAAAAGUGUUAAUUAUGGAAGUGAGUGUUAUUUUCAAUAUUUAAGGAAUUAUAAUCAUAAAAAAUAUUACGUCGUAGCUGGUCAAAUUAACCUCUAAACAAAAUGUAAUUGUCAUUGAACGAAGCCAAGUUUUGUUUUGACAGCUAUGUCUACUGGGGUGCGUUCUUAAAUCUGUUCAAUAAAUACGAACGGUAAGCUUAAACGCUUGUCAUUAUUGUCAAAUCAAGUUUUUGAAUGUCUUAUCUGAGAUUAUUGUACGAAUUUUCAAAAAUUAGUAAAUAGGUAGUGAACGUAUCAAUAACAAUAUACUAAUGUUUUACCUGUUAUAAAGAAAAUAACAAUAUUUACUAAAACUUUAUUUUGUAAAAAUUCAAUUCAUUACCUUUAAUCAUUUGUAAUAAAAAUUUAUAAUUUUUUAUAAUCAAAUUGCCAUCAUCUCCGACAACUAGACGAUAUUUGAUGGAAUUAAUUUUCUCAAAUAUUUUUUAUUCAAAAAGUAAAAAUAGGAAAUUAAAUUGGUGGUUCUCUAAGUUAAUUAAGGCUAUGUUUGAGGAUAUACAAACAUACUGCGCAAGUCAGUAAAAAAAUUACUCUACUCAACAUGGUGGGUAAAACUCUCGACGCAUUUGUAUUUUAAAUAGAAAAGGCUGGUGGUCAUGAGUCGCGAUAAAACGUUCCCCAUUUAGGAACGCUUUUUAUAAUUUAGACGUCUGAACGCGUUUAUAAUUACCCUAGAUUUCUGAACGCACCCCUGUUAUCAUGGUGAUGUGUUUUGUUUGACAAGAAAUAGGUUAGCAACUUUGUUUUGACAUCAGAGAGUUGCAAGCUCACUUAAAGCAUGGAGGUAUAACUUAAAGUCAGUCACUAUUAGUGUCGCUCUUAUUUUGACAUCUAAGCAUGCGCAGAUCGUUUAUGUUCUAAAACUGACUUUAUUAAAGAUUGUGCCUGUCCUUAAUUGUGGAUGUUUAAAUGCAGCAGGUAGUGGCGACUUUAUAGCUUUCGGGUGCACUCGCCGACAUUCGUAUCCAUUCGAAGUUUUUUUAAUAUUAAAUAUUUAAUAUAAUCGUCAUCUAAAUCUUCUUAAAUUAUAAUUUCUAAUGCCUCUUCAAUGUUAUGAACUAUUAAAGACAACAAAAAAGAUUAACUAUAAUUUAAAGUUAUUAAAAUGAGGUUAGAAAUAACUAUAAAGACAAGGAUUCUAAUAUCAAAAUUUCAGGUUUGCAAUAAGUCUGAUUUUAGCAUGGAAUUUAUUUGACUGUAAUUACAAUGUCACUAUUAGUGGCUGGCUUUAUAGAAAUUUGCAAUAUCUCUCUAUUAUAUCCCCUUAGUUUUUUAUGAUACAAGAAUAGAAGUUUCAGUUUUUCAGAGAACAACGCAGCAGUAGUCUAAGGUUAAUAUUCGAUUAUUUGGAUCCAAUUGUAGCAAAUACUCUUUUAAAAUAAAGUCUAUGUUUGGCUCUUAUUCAAAUAUUAGUUUACUUAAAAUUAAUUAAGUACAUGACAACAUAAAAUAUCCGUCCACAUUAUUGUGGUAGAAAGAAUUUAUAAAAUAUUUUUUUCUAAUUUUGACAUAUAAAGUGUAAUUUUUUAUAAUCGCAGCAAACAUCAAAAUGAUCUACUUUACACAAUCAGUUGCACAAUGUUGAACAUUAUGAAACUGGUUACAAAAAAUUCAUUAUAUCACCAGUUGCAAAAAGAAAACAAAUAAAAAUAAACCUUUUUUGGUUUUAAAAUCAAUAAUAUACAUUAUUAUUAAAAGUUUAUAUCAAAGAAGGGCAGAUUGACUUAUAAAACUAGAAUUUGGUUAAACUUAUAACCUAGUACCUACUAAUGUUGUUUUAAUCCUUAUUUUACAUUCUUAGUCAGCACAAAAUAAUUAAAACAAUACACUACAAGUCGUUGAGAAUAAAUAAUUAAUGAUUUUCUAUUUGUCAAUAAAAUUAUUCAUAUGCAACUAACAUUACAAGAAAGUAAUAAUGGUUGCCUCAAUGUCAGUGAUAUUUUACCAAAACAAUUUUACAAAUAAUUUGACAAAAUUAGAAAAAAAUACUGUAUGUAAGACGUUACGAAAUACCGUUUUGUGUAACUCAUGUUGCAGGAUCUCGCUCUGCUCGUUACAUAAAAUAAGACAUUUCGUAAGUGGUUACAUAAAUAGCUAUUUUGUUUGUUUUCAAUAAACAUUUUAUGUUUUACGUAGGUAGUAAAAUUGACUAAAUAUGAACUGUCAUUCGCUGAUACAAUGAUAAUGUGUGCGUAUUUUUAUAUUUAAUUGUGGCU